AUGUGGCUUUUUCGGCGUAAGCACGUGGCUGAUUUUGCAGUAUCCCAACCUCCAUAUGCGGCUGACGCAAUUCCUGUUCGUCCAGUGUCGGAUCUGUUGAAAGCUCUUGGGUUCACAAUUGGUGUUGGGGCCGCUGCAUUUUCUAUUGCUGCCUUAGCCGACUAUAAACGUAGUAGGGACGCGUUCCAUUUCAGUGGUUUCACAUUCGACAGUAGAACGGGAGUACGGGCUACAUCAAGGGAACACUUAUGA